AUGUCUUUCUACGCCCCUCCAAACCAGCAGCGCACUCUGCGCGCCUGCAUGGUCUGCUCCGUCGUCCAAAUCCACAAUAAAUUCAUGCGUGAAGGCUGCCCAAAUUGCGAGAGCACCCUCCAACUCCGUGGGAACAACGAUGCUAUUCAAGAAUGCACGUCACAGGUCUUUGAGGGCCUGAUCGCUGUUCGGGAUCCGGCUGCGAGCUGGGUCGCUCGUUGGCAGCGGUUGGAUAACUACGUGCCGGGCACAUAUGCGACAAAGGUCACGGGGACACUUCCGGAAUACAUUAUCAACAGUCUAGAAGACUCCGGCAUCAAAUAUGUCCCUCUUGGUUCUGGAUACCCCUACCACGCACACACCAUUGAUUCAAUCAAGACAUGCAAUAUGAGGGUGGUUUCGACAAUUUUGCUGGUCGUUCGGAGUUUCGGAUGGGAAGCAUUACCUACUUUUCUUCAUAUUAUUUAUUGGACCACAAGGGCAUACACAGCAGAUUUGGAUUACUUCUUAGGAGUUUAUAGUUCCGGUUUCUUCGGCUGGUGA